GCAUCCUGCCCAUGUCAUCUUGGACCUGACGAAUGAGUUCGGUUCCAAGUUGUGGCUCGGCGGAUCGAAGGCAGGCACCGACACUAACCUGAUGAUCAGGAAUGGAAUCGGAGCGGUGUGGCCUGCGGCCAAGUCGGUCCAGCCGGAUGACACAGCGGCGAUCCGUGUAUUGAGGUACACAGAUGGGACUGGCGUCGUGCACGGCAACGUGAACAUGGAGAGCGUGCUGCAGCAGAUCGACAAUGUGAUCUCCUUGCUGCACCGCGGCGUGUCGGUCCUCAUCUGCUGUGUCAACGGAGCCCAUCGCUCCGCGACACUUGGUGCCAUGACGCUCAUGAACUAUGUCUCCACAUUGCGCAACAUCGUCGACCUGAACAGCAGAGCGCCGCCAUCGCAGUACAGAGUGAACACUAUUCGCCCCAUCGACUUUUUGAUCGAGCACCAAGCAGAGAUCGCUGGUAAAUCGGGGGCCUCAGGCCUGGUCCAGGUCGGCAGCAACCAGGAGAUAUUUCCUUCCACGAGAUAUGCGAACGCCCUCAUCACCCCUGUUCAGUUUCGUCGGCGCUGCAUAGAAAUGGGGUUCGUCCUUUCAGGCAAGGGCAAGCGGACUCGCCAGUCGUUGCCAGGGCCACAGUCAUUGAUAUCGUCGAUGCCGCCGCCGCCCCCGCCCGGUCGCUCAAGCUCGACCCACCUUCGGUCCAAAGCUCGACCAGUCAAGCCGAGAUCGAAGGGCGUUUCGCCAGGUCAGGUGCGGCAGAGUGGCACAGACACGGACUCCUCGUACAUCAACGUUCCGACGGAUGGUUUCAUUACCGACGACUCAGAGAUGCCGCACCCCAAGCGCAUCAGCGAGGAUUCGUCGGCCUCUGGCCAGGUCAGUGCCGCCAGUGCAGAUGAUGAGGCAGUGGACCCACCAGUUAUGGUUGAAAUUGAGGUUGCAGACGACGAAGAGAACGAGGAGUCCACCAUGGAGAAGGCCUGCGAAAAGGGUGCAGCCGAAGCAGAGGAGCCGGAGUCAGACUUUGAGAUGGUGACCUGCGAUGACGAAGGCAAAGUAGCCGAUGUCAAUCCAGAGUCGCCUCCGCAGACGCCCCGUGCAAACUGGACUUCGGAAGACUUUGCACGCCUGGAGACAGUGAUGCGCGAUCUGGGGCACCUGAACCGCCAGCUGCUCUCUUUCAACAAUGCUGAGGUCGAGGAGGAUCAGGCCCAGGCUGAUGAUCAGGCCUCGGCCUCCGGCCCGGUAAGUGACCAGAUCGCAGAGCCAGGGCAGCAAGCGGCGGAAGCGGAUGAGCCAGGCGGCACCAGCGCAGACCCCGUGGAAUCGGACGAGGGGGCCCGGGACGAGGCCUCGGGCCAGGUUGAUGAUGAGCCUGCGACUCCUGCGACGGCCGAGUCCGGAGAGCCGCUGGAGCCCUCCAGUUUGGACCUCGAGAAGACGAUGGAAGCGCUCAAGGCGCAGGCGGCGGAAGGCGAUAAGGACGAGAUGCUUGGGAGGCUUUUUGGGCUACUUGAGACCCAGAAAGUCCAACAGCAGGCUCUAUUGUCGAGACUGCAAUCUCGCCAAGAAAUGGACGAGAGAAAGAACGUCAUCCUCACAGCGCUGUACAAUCGCGACAUGACGCGCCUCAGGGCGGAGCUCCAAGCGCUGACGGUCUCUGACCUCGUCUCAAUCAGAGACGAAGAGGGGAUGACAGUCGCCCAUCAUGCCGUGCGUUUGGGCCUUGGGCCUUGUCUGGAGUAUACUCUCCGGAAAGCCCCGACUCUUGCGGAUGCCGUGACGAACCCCUCAGGUCGCCCAGCGAACUGGACGCCGUUGAUGGUGUUGGUUGAUGCACCACCAGGAUCUUUGGGAGGCACGGACUACGCCUACGACAUGUUGAAGGUCCUGGUUUCCUACAUGAGCGUCACAGGUCUCGUGAAUCUCGGUCCUUUCAAGUAG